CAAAAUGACAGCAUUGCUACAUUGAAUACUUUCAGACUUAUGAAGUGAGGGUUGCACAAUAGACAGUGAGACAGUGAUCUGUUGCGAUGGAUAUUGAAGAGAAAGCAUUGAGGAAGAGGAGACGCUCGGUGAGAAAUCUGCGUCGUACAUCCGUAGUUAUGCCACUCAAUCUUGACACAUUGGAUGAAAAUGUUGAAGAUGAUUCAUCAAAAGAAAUUCAGUCUAAUGGGAACCAGGCGGUGUUUGGUAGUAUGUGGUGUGAGAGCUUGGAACCAGUUGUUAAGAAGCGCAGGCGUAGAUCCAGUCUAUUGGUUGGACUGGUACCAAGACUGAAUGACCCUGAUGUAGAAGAGAAUGUAGAAAACCACAUUUUAAAUACCCAGAAUGCAUACAUUACAAAAACAUAUCGAGACCAGACAUUAGAUAAUAUUGAAGAACCCAUAACAAAAACAAACAGUUUGACCAACAGUAGAGAGACUUUAAAAACUGAAGUCUCUUCAUCAUCAUAUGAUGCUAAUUACUAUAACAGUAGCCUUUCAAAAUCGUGUGAUGAUGAGAGGUCUGAUGGCUAUAGUGAACCUGUAACCAGAACAAACAGUUUGAGUGAGAACUUAGAUACAUCAAAUGAAAAUGCACUAGUUAAACAAAGGAGUUCAGGGUCAUGUGAAAACAGCAAUGAAAGUGAAGAGCAAGAGCUCAAUGAAAAAGAAAAUACUUUAAAAAGAGAAGAUGGGGAGAAAUUUAAUGACUCUCAAAUACUAGAUGAGUCCUUUACUGACAUAAACAUUGAAAUUCAGGGAGAUAACUCUGCAGAAAAAAUAUCUCUUAAUGCGUCAGACUUAAGUAAUAUCACGCCUCCAUCUGAAUGCAGUCUAUCAAAUGUAUCGUCAUUUUCUAUGUCACCUGAAUAUACAGGUACAUACCAAAAAUACUGUGAAGGGAAUAACACAUACACAGAAAACAAUACUGAUGAGAAAACAGUUUGUAAUACAAAAAUGGCAUGUGAUGCUGAAGAGGAUGAAAGCUCGUCUUAUACCAGGCCUGCUUAUACCAAUGUUAAUGGCAAGUCUUUAAACGAAUCUCCAGGAAUAGACCGCAUGUCAGAUUCCUCUCAAUCUGAUAAAGAAAACAGUGUUGUUAAUGAAAAUACCAGUAUGAAUGUCACUCCACAAGGGGAUUUUACUGACAAUGUUUCACCGGGAUUCAUGUCUAUGUGUAAAGCUUUUGCAGGUAAAGUUGUGAACUUUGUGAAAACCAGUCCAUCUUUUUUGACUGGUGGGUUCCUGGAUAGCAGUAAUACAACAAAUGUGUGUGCAUCACCAGAUUUAAACAAAAAUUCCAGUCACAACUUGGUGUGCAAUGAACUUAGAAAACAUGCUGUAAAGUCUGAUGUUAACAAAUCACUUGAUCAGUUAGGAUCAGAAAUUGAUAAGGAAUAUCAAGGAUUUAAAAACACUGAAACUGGUGCAGAUUGUAAGGGUGAUAACAGUGCUGGAAAUACUGGUAAAGAAACAAAUACAACAUUUGAACAAUCUUUAAGCUGUAAGAAGUCAACAAUUGAAAAACCUCUAAGUGCAAGAAAGUCAGUGAAUCAGUGUAGGCCUGGUUCUGCUAAAAAAACAAGAGACAGAAAAUUGUUCUUUGAUACCUACAAUGCUGUAAUGGAUGUGUUAAGCAGUGACAAAAGGAAAAGCUCUGUGACUGUAGAGAACAAACAUGAGAUUGGUGAAGCAGGCACUUCAUAUAAUAGAAUCAUUGUUGGAGAACCUGCACAUGCAUCAGUAAAACCAAGCUGUUCUAGUAUAUCAGAUAUGAACUCUCCUGAUGCUCCUGGUGAUGAAUUAGAUGACACUUCUUCAAGGGUUUAUAAUGAAAAUGUUGAAUUUGCUGUCACUCAACAGUUUGAUAUAACUAACCAGGAAUCUUUAAAAGAAUAUGAAAGUACUGAACAAAAAAUAAACACUGCUGAUGAAAUUAAAGUUGGCAAUUCUGAUGCCAGUAAAACAAUAUUAGAUAAUGUCAGUAAAGAUACUGGUGAGGUUUGCAAGGUGUUUGAGGAUAAAACUGAUCUAAAUAAUGCUUGGAGUAGAAACAUACCUGAAAGGAAAAGUGUAAGGAAUGAAUGUCAAGAUGAAUUGAAAACUAUUCCUGAAAUUGAAGAAGAGAAUUCUUGUGAAAAUGUAGCUAAAAAUGAAUUAAAUACAGAUAUUUGUGUCAUUGAAAACACCCAUGUAAUAGAAAAAGAGAAGAGGCGAAAAAGAAGAGCUUUAGAUAUUCCUAUUAUUGAAAACAGUGAGAUAAUCAAAUCAGCUGAAAAUGAAAAAGACAUAAUGUUGGAAAGUGGUGAAAAAAUGGGUGAAAACCACAUAAAAAUAAAUGAAACACCUAAAGAGAAUUUGGUAACAAGUCCUGAGCAUUUAAAUUGCUUUGUAGCAGAUAAAGAUUGCUUGAUAGAUACUCAAAAACACAUUGAUGCUGAAUGUAUUAAUAUGGAAAGUCAAGUUGAAGUGGGAAAGAAAACUAAGAAAAGUUUGGCCAAAGUUAGAAAAAGUAGAAGGCAGUCUUUUGGGAUUCAAAACUAUGGUGCGAAUGCUGAAGGAAUUUCAACUGGUGCCCAGGACAGUACUGGGACAGAUAUAAAUGUUGCUAGAAUUCCUUCGAGAGAUGCUGAUGAAGUUGAUGGAAUAAAUGAAAAACAUGAUAUAGAAUGCCAUACUAACAUAGAGAACAGGGUAGCAGCACUUGAUCUUGGAAAUGAGAAUACAGCAGAUACAAAUGAUAAUAACAAUGUAUGCAACUUAGAAAAUAAUGUGCUCUCAGUAGAUUUAGAACCCUCAGGUAAAAGUGAGAUUGAAAAGAAAGACACAGAUUUAAAUGGCUAUAUGGAAAAAAAGAAAAGAGGAAGGAGAAGAAAGUCAGCAAAUUUAAAUGAGAUUUUGAAGAGGGGAAGGUCUAAGAAAGUUUUGAUUGAAGCAGUUGUAGAUGAAGCAGAAGAGUCUGGUAUGAGUCCAAAAGACAUAGUUGAAACAAGUAAUGUCUCUGAACUAACCGAUGAAAUAUCUCAAGUCCAAAUCAUUGAUAGUGAUAAGAGGGAUAUUCCAGUGGAAAGUGAGAUAACUGUUGAAAGUUUAGUUUUACCUGAAGAUGACAUAAAUGAUGUGAAGCAAAAUGUUGAACCGACACGAAAAAGGCGAAGAUCGGCAGAAGCAGCUUCAUUGAAAUUGCAAAUGAUAAAUUCAGACCAGAGUCCUUCAAGUUCUGAAAGUUUAACUGCCAUUAAAGGGAAAAGAGGCAGAAGAAAAUCAGCUGAUGCUGCAAAUUUGAAAGUUCACAUAGAUAUGACUAAGGAAACUAUUUUUAACACAACUGAUAAUAGUAGCCCAAAUUUUGAAGAGUCAACAGUUACCAAACGGGGUAAAAAACGAAAAUAUAAGGAAGAUUCCGCUGAGGAAUUAGAAAAGAUUUACAAAAAUAAGAACUUUGUGAAGCCUGAAGAAAAGAAGCCUUGGCAUACAAUAUUAGAGAGUCCAAAAAAUUUGUCUGAAGGAUUUGGAAAGAAGAGGCUUCAGAGACAUAUAGACUUUGAGGCACCUUCUCAGAUGAAACUUCGACGAAGAUUACAAAAAGCCGUUAAGAAUGGUUGGGAUCCGAAGAAGAGAGUAAGGAUGGAAUUGGAAGAUGAGUUUGUGAAAGUUAAAUUAGUAAAACUGUGGUCAGAGUUAGAUGAUGAUAAUGAAGAUGACUCGGAAUCUUUGCAGAAUAAACUGAGAAGUAUUGUAGAAACCAACUAAUACAAAAAUAAAAGAAAACAUAUAUGACAAUAACCAAACACUCGUGUUAUGAAAUAAAAUGGUGUUAAAAAAAUAUAAAUUUGUUACGAUAAAUCAUCUGUUUAAAUGAAUGUAAAUUUUAAGCAAAAAAGAAUCAUUUUUCAUUCGGGAAAAAUUCAUGUUUGUACUUCAGGACAGACUUUUCUUUUUUGUGAAAGAAAAUUUCAUAGAAGUAAUUAAGUUUGCUUGUGGGAGAAAAAAACAUACAAAACAUGCAUCACUAUCUGUUAUGAACAGGAAUUGAGGUGAUAAUAUGAAGGGCAGUAGCAUGUACAUGGUGAUACAUGAACUACAUUUUGUGAUUCAAUCACAAUAUUAAUAUUAAUAUUUAAAUAAAUAUUUCAAAUAAAGUAAUAGAAUCACAUAAUAAGAUCAUGUAUUGAUCAAGUAAAUACUGUCCUGUAAUGUAGACCUUCCUUCACUAAAUGUUUACUUAAAAUCUUAAAUACACAAAGUAUAGUCAUUGCACUGUUUGGGUUUCAUUUUUGUUGAAAAUCAUUUUAAUUAACUUUUAAGCUUGUGUUUAUUUUACAUGUUAAAGUGGCAUUAUAAUUUAUUCCCAUAACCUUACUCUUCACCUUUGUUUCUCCAUGUCUGGAGCAAGUUCGGUUAUGAUAAAAGUGCAUUAAUGUACUUGUAUGUACUUUUUGAUCAAGAACAUAUGAGCUGCGUCAUGACAAAACCAACAUAAUGCAUUUUCGACCAGCAUGGAUCCAGACCAGCCUGCGCAUCCGUGCAGUCUGAUCAGGAUCCAUGCUGUUCGCUUACAAACCCUAUAACAAGUAAAGAAACUGAUAGUGAACAGCAUGGAUCCUGAUCAGGCUGCGCGGAUGUGCAGGCUGGUCUGGAUCCAUGUUGGUCGCAAACGCAUUGCGUUGGUUUUGUCGUGACGCGGCUCAUGUAUAUUCUUAAAGUGGUUAUAUAUACUGAUAUUUUCCAGAGAGAGAUAUUUUACAUUUAAAUUUCUGAACUGGUUAGAUUUUUCUUAACUUACCAGAAAAGUGCAUUUAAUGAUUUAUUGUUUGUUCGAAAAUGACUGUUUAUAAACUUGAAUACAGUAUUUUUACAGUAAGUAAAGGUUAUUCAUAGAUUACUAGUACACCUAUCUUUUGUAUUCUGCAAAAAUGACUCAUUUUAGAAGAUUAAAGGUUAAUGUAAUUGAGUAUCAAUCUUUUAUUUGUAUGAUUUAUACUUAUAUUUAAUUAAAUUUUGUUUCUAUCUGAUUUUCUCUAUAAUUUUCUACUAGUGAACUGUGGUAACUGUAGAAACUGUUUAUUUAUUAUUUUUUUCUGUUGAAGUUACCUCCCUUUACAUGUAACUUUUAAAAACUUGAAACAGUAUUAAAUGUAACUGAUAUGAUCCCUAUUACUGAGUGGGUUUUUUUUUUAAAUUUUUUUCCUUAUGUCUGUUCUGCUCUGUUUCUUUUAUUCCUACCCUUGUACUAUUAUUGAAUGUUAAAUGCACAUUUACUUUAGUACAUGUUUGUUUUUAGUUUUAUGUAUAAACUAAGUUACAGCACAAUGAUUGUAAUUAGAUAUUAUAAAGUUGUGAACAUAUAUUUGUGUAUUAUUUACUUGAUUAUAUAGCAUGUAACAGUGUAUAUAAUAUCAUAUAAAGAUUAAAUUAC